AUGCAGUUCCAGAUAUUGUGCCCCCGGAACGCAUGGGCUGCGGCCUUCUACGGCUCAUGGGCCCUGACUGCUUCAGCCGCGUCAACAGGUCAAAGCGAUAUAUUGAAUCAUGUUAAUCCUUUGAUUGGAACAGCCAAUGGAGGCCAUGUGUUUCCUGGGGCGACUCUGCCUUUCGGAAUGGUGAAAGCAGUCGCCGACACCAUUGGCGAAAAUCAGGCGGGCUUUGCAUUCGACACGCAAUAUGUCACUGGUUUCUCCCACAUGCACGACUCCGGCACUGGAGGUUCACCAUCACUGGGGAAUUUUCCCAUCUUUCCUCAGCCGUAUUGCCCAAAUGAUGACAUUAACCAAUGCAAAUGGCAACUCAACGAUCGAGCCGUGGCUUGGAAGAAGGAUUCAGUCAAAGCACGACCGGGCUACUUCAGUAUCUCAUUAGAAAAUGGUGUUCAGGCCGAGAUGACUACUACCAAUCGAUCUGCGCUCUAUCGAUUCACCUUCGACGGUGCUUCAUCCCAAUCGUUAAGCCCAAUCAUCCUCGUGGAUCUGAUAGAUCUUCCACAAUCACGCACAAGCGGUACAGCCGACGUUGACCGUACUACUGGACGCCUCACUGGAAACGGCACAUUCAACCCCAGUUUUGGCAUCGGGUCCUAUGAUCUUCACUUCUGUAUCGAUUUCAAAGGUGCCGAGCUUCGCGAAACCGGGACUUGGACCAAGAAUCGGGCUGGCACAGCACCAAACACUGUUUCUAUGCUGGCAGAUGGUACCAAUACGCCUUCCUCACUAUCGGCCGGAACAUUUGCACGAUUUCACAGCCCAGCCAACAAUAGCAUUCUGGCCCGCGCGGGUGUCAGCUUCAUUAGCGUUCAUCAAGCAUGUGCCAAUGCUGAACGCGAGCAGCCAAACUUUGACUUUGAAGAGACCCGGUCCGCGGCCGAGGAUGCAUGGAGGGAGAAAUUGAAUGUGGUGACCGUGGAUGCGUCCGGAGUGUCUGACGACUUUCAGGAGAUUUUCUGGAGCGGUGCAUAUCGAUCUCUGAUCAGCCCUCAAGACUACACGGGAGAGAAUCCUCUUUGGGAUAGCGAUGAGCCCUACUAUGACAGCUAUUAUUGUAUCUGGGAUUCCUUCCGCAGUAUUCACCCAUUGUUGACGAUGGUGGACCCGUUGUCCCAAUCUCGCAUGCUGCGCAGUCUGAUUGAUAUCUACCGUCAUGAAGGCUAUCUUCCAGACUGCCGUAUGUCACUCUGCAAGGGCUUUACCCAGGGAGGCUCUAAUGCCGACGUCCUCAUGGCGGAUGCCUAUCUGAAAAAGGUCCAAGGCAUCGAUUGGGACACUGCUUACGAAGCCGUUGUGAAAGAUGCCGAAGUUGAGCCUGCAAACUGGAACGUCGAGGGUCGCGGUGGUCUACACAGUUGGAAGAGUCUCGGAUACAUCCCCACCGAUGACUUUGAUCCGUAUGGGGUGGGCACUCAUACUCGCAGCAUCUCGCGCACCGUUGAAUACGCUUAUGACGAUUUCUGCAUCGCCGAGAUGGCCAAGGGGCUGGGCAAGCAGGCAGACUAUGAGAAGUACACAAAUCGCUCGCGAAAUUGGGCGCAUAUGUUCAAAGCAGAUCAAACUUCCAGCCUGAACGGGUCCGACAUGACCUUUACUGGGUUCUUGCAACCGCGUUACAUGAACGGCACCUGGGGCUACCAAGAUCCUAUUUUCUGCAGCCCUCUGCUAAACUUCACCUCGUGUUACUUGAAUCCAGAUGGCCAUGAGACCUACGAAGGAAGCUCCUGGCUUUAUACAUUCUACGCCCCUCACGACAUGGGAGCACUCAUCCACGCGCUCGGUGGCGCAGAAAAGUUCACCUCCCGCCUGGAAUAUCUUCAUCAAUCCGGUCUCCUCUACGUCGGCGACGAACAGGCCUUCCUCACCGUCUUCCAGUUCCAUUAUGGGGGACGGCCCGCUCUCUCCGCCAAAUAUAGUCACUUCUACAUCCCCUCACAGUUCAACACCACAGUCGCCGGCAUCGCGGGGAAUGACGACAGCGGAGCCAUGGGAUCCUUUGUGAUGCUCAGCAUGAUGGGUCUUUGGCCCGUCCCCGGACAAGAUGUGUAUCUAAUUACGCCUCCUUAUUUCAAGGAGGUGAGUAUCACGAAUCCGCUUACGGGGAAGACGGCCACGAUUCGGAAUGAGAAUUUCGAUCCUAGCUACAAGGCUAUUUUCAUUCAGGAUGCUAGGCUGGAUGGGAAGAAGUGGACGAAUAAUUGGUUGACGCAUGCCUUUUUCAUCGAGGGGGGUGUGCUUGAGUUGACGUUGGGUUCGACGGAGAGUGGCUGGGGCACUCGCAAGGAAGAUCUGCCGCCGAGUCUGAGUCAUUACCAGUGA